UCCUGUUGCCUAUGGGUUAAGUCCAAAGCAUUUGAAAGCGGACACUGUUAGACAGAUGCUUGAAUUCUUACGCGAACAACUAAAGACAUACAAUAUUCAUGUUCAGGUAGAGGCAUUUGAUGGGCAAUUUUCUAAGUUAUCUAUAGUUUCGUACGAUGGAUCAUCUCUUUCUGAGUUACAGGAGAGGAAAAUGCAUUGGAAAGAAACUUGUGUAAAAUCAUCUCACGAACUUUUGCGCCCGUUCCUUCAGUUGGGAAAUGUAGGUGGUCCUGUUAAAACAUUUGACGAUGCAAAUGAGAAGUGGAAAUUAACUGUUAACUACUGGACAGACAUCCAUGGAAAUUUACUUCAUGGUCCAAUUACUUGUAAUACAUGUUACUUUAAAUUAUCCUCUUCCGAAGAACAAAACGUUUGGAGAGAAGUAUUUGAGAAAGCUUCAAAUUUCAAAACUAAUACAAAAUCAAAAAAGUAAGCACUGAGAACAAACCGUGUAAUGACAACGAUGAAGAAACAAUACCUCAUAUCUCGAAUAAUAUCUACCAGACAAUGUUAGAGUAUCUUACAAAAAACACAAAAGCAAAACGUCAGAAAUUAUGGAAAUCGAAAGACUUAGAUGGAUUUGUUGAUUGUUUUGACAACACCACAGCUAUAGACAGGAAUUUUACAAAGGACGAACUGCAAGGAAUGUUGAAAGUAAACACCCAAGAGAUUAAAUCAUUUGGACUUAAACAAGGACUUUCAUCAAAAUCCAACAAAUGCAUGUAUACAAACUUCUUUGCAAAAGUAUCUGGCUCUAAAAUUGUAGCAGUCUCUAUCAAACUGAGAUCUCCUAAGGCAUUAAAAGUUCUAUUGCGAGAGAAAUUUACGUCCGUUCGAAAAGAAACAUUAAACCGGAUAACUUCGCAUAUUGAAUGGCCAUUAAAGCUUGACAGUUGGCAGAAGCAAAACUGUUCACCGAUUAAUAUUUCGGAGCUCCUAGAGAUGGGUUAUGUUACGAAACACAACUGGUUUACAACUCCAGAAAGAUCCAGUGAUGGUACUAUUUUACUACGGUUUCUAGACCAUCAUCAUUUACUUACAAACUGCAGAAUCCACUGUUGUAGAAAUGGAUUUAAGGCUCUAAAUAUAAAUUCUUGUGCAUGGUUGAAAGUAGCUAAGUCAAGCAAAUCAAAUGGGACAGGACUGAACGUGGCUUAUGUGGAAGAUCUUGUAGAUUCUCAAAGCAAUUUGGUUGCUCAGCUUACAUUUAGUAAAGAUGUUGAGAAUGAAAUGAACAAAAACAAUGAUGCAUUAGAGGCCAAUUUUUGCCAUUUGAUUAGAGAAUGGUACGAGGCAGUGGAUGAAAAAGGCUUAACAGCGAAUGAACGUGUACAUAAGCUAUUAAAUUUGCGAGAAUUUCUCCUUGACUCGUGCCAAAAAUGUCUUAGACAGUUUCCACCACCUGGAAGUCAUGUUUGUGACAUACCUGUUGUUUUGUUUACCGGACUUAUCACUAGCUGUGAAAGGCUUAUUCAGCUUUAUCGUCUUUCAAAAACAGGUACAUACAAUGUCAGAUCUAUUGGAAGUUUGGACAAUGAAACGUUCUUCUCCUCUUUUCGAGACUUGGACCCAAGAGGCGCUGGUGUGCUAAAGACAUCUGAAAUCCCUAAAGCCAUGAGUGUAGCAUGUGAAAUCUUAACAACAAGGAUGAAUCCAAACAGGGGUUUCUAUCUCAACACAACUACGAAACGUCCAGUCUACAAUCAACAGACAGAAAAGUAUGAUACUACUUCCGGGUGAAAAACACAAGCAGCAAUUGUACAUGAUAGAGAUGUGGUCAAACAAUCUGUUG